GCUCUUCGUCGUGGAAGAGCAUCACACUCAAGUGCCGUCCUACUCACCGACAGAGUUGCUAUUGCCAUGCCAGUUGUCCAGCAGGCAGAUCGGAUUUUCCUCCAGCACCCCAAGGGUUCAUCUGCUGAGAUCUUGCUGUAUGGCGCGACCGUAAUCUCUUGGAAGUCGGGAAGCGUCCUGAAGCCGACUCCAAUCGAACGUCUUUUCGUCUCUUCCACGGCUGCGCUCGACGGAAGCAAACCUGUGAGGGGAGGCAUCCCUGUUGUGUUUCCUUGCUUCGGCGCACCUACGCAUCCGGAACACUCCAAGCUUGGACAGCACGGAUUUGCACGCAGCGAAGUCUGGACUUAUGAUAGCAUUGUGCUUGAUGAUGAGGCAGGUGUCUCAGUCAGGUUGACUUUGGAGCCUAAGGCGAGCAUCACAGAAAAGUACAAGCGUCCUUUCCACCUUGCGUAUGUUGUCACCCUCGCGGAGCACCAGCUGUCCACCGAUCUUCACGUUAAGAACACCGGACUAUCAACCUCUCCGCCUCUCGAGUUCCAGGCUUUAUUCCACAACUACAUUCGUGCGCCUGCAAGCGAAGUCCUCAUCACUCCUCUUCAAGGAGUGUCCUACUAUGACAAGACGGAAGCCACUGACGAACUGCGCAGCAAGCACAAGGUAGAGAAGAGGGACGCCGUCAAUGUCAAGACCUUUACGGACUUCGUGUACGAGAAUGCACCUGGCACGUACGAGAUUACGUCGCCGACGUCCAAGAUUGAGAUCAAGACGAAGAACUUCAAGGACGUAGUGGUUUGGAACCCGCAGGCAGAGGCUGGGUCCAAGAUAUCGGACAUGGAGACAGGAGGAUGGGAAAAGUAUGUCUGUGUCGAGCCAGGUUAUGUCCGCGGCUUCGUGCAAUUAGAAGCUGGACAGAGGUGGAUUGGCCAACAGACCUUGACUGCCAAGCUGUAGAAGCUUUUGGACGGGAUGAAACGGUUGAACAUUACAGAUGGAGACGCGACCCAUGUGUAUAAAUUGGAAGGUGUACAACAAAGGUACCAAGUACUGAGAUUGUUUGCUGCAUAAGUUUUCACCCUGAUGGCUAGUCCAUCCAAGAAGCAAGUGCAGCAUAAGUACA